AAGAGGGUUAGUAGUAAUAAAAACAGCCUACAAAAGUUUGUUAAGAAAUUGUGCACCAAAACUAAUCACUGAAUUUAUUGCUUUGGCUCAACCCCCUCCCUGCUGGAUCACAUGCACUUCUUUCUUUGCCUUUAUUACAGGCCUCAGACACAACUUCACUUGUGACUAAAAUCACCAAUCAUUAUAAUUAUCAUCCCCUAGACACAGUUCUGAAACACACACUGCACAUUCCAUUCCGGAAUACAAUGCCAGAGGUUUACACUGUGAAGGUUGAGGAGGGAAGGCCUGCAACUGAUGAUGGAAAGCCAUCUGUAGGACCUGUCUAUAGGAGCAUUUAUGCCAAAGAUGGUCUCUUGGAGUUGCCUUCUGAUUAUCAGUCUCCUUGGGAUUUCUUCAGGGAAUCAGCUAAGAGGAACCCCAACAACAAAAUGCUGGGUAGGCGUCAAAAAACCGAAUCUCAGGUGGGUUCCUAUGCAUGGCUCACGUAUCAAGAGGUUUAUGAUGGUGCCAUGAAAAUGGGUUCUGCCAUGAGGAGCCGUGGUGUCAAUCCUGGAGAUCGUUGUGGCAUAUAUGGGUCUAACUGCCCUGAAUGGGUCAUUGCAAUGGAGGCUUGCAAUUGCAGUGCAGUGUCAUAUGUUCCAUUAUAUGACACGCUUGGACCUAAUGCAGUGGAAUUUAUCAUAAAUCAUGCUGAAGUCUCAAUUGCGUUUGUACAGGAGAAAAAGAUCCCAUCAAUUUUGUCAUGUCUUGAUCGGUGUUCCUCAAAUCUUAAAACUAUUGUAAGCUUUGGAAAUGUUUCAACCACACAAAAGAAGGAAGCUGAGGAUCAUGGCACAUCCUGCUUCUCAUGGGGAGAGUUUCUCGAUCUGGGGUGUCUGCAUUGGGAUCUACCAUCAAAAAAGAAGACUGAUAUUUGCACAAUAAUGUACACAAGUGGAACAACUGGAGAACCCAAAGGUGUCAUUAUUAAGAAUGAGGCUUUCAUGUCUGAAGUAUUGUCUAUUGACCACAUAAUUAUGUUAACAGACAGAGUGGCAGCUGAAGACGAUGUGUACUUCUCCUUUCUUCCUCUUGCUCAUGUAUAUGACCAAAUAAUGGAGACCUAUUGCAUCUUCAAGGGUUCAUCAAUAGGAUUUUGGCAAGGCGAUGUCAGGUUCUUGCUGGAUGAUGUUCAGGCACUAAAACCAACCAUAUUUUGUGGUGUUCCUAGAGUUUUUGACCGUAUUUAUGCUGGUAUCAAAAACAAAGUUUCUUCCGCAGGAAUACUGCAGAGUACAUUGUUUCAGUGUGCUUACAACUACAAGUUAAAAUAUCUGGAGAAGGGUCUUCCACAACACAAAGCAGCACCUCUGUUCGAUAGACUUGUGUUUGAUAAGACAAAACAAGCACUAGGUGGGCGUGUUCGUAUCUUGUUAUCAGGAGCUGCACCUUUGCCUAGGCAUGUGGAAGAGUUUAUGAGGGUCACUAGCGGAUCUACAUUAUCACAAGGAUAUGGUCUUACAGAAAGUUGUGCCGGGUGUUUCACGGCAAUAGGUGAUGUGUAUUCUAUGACAGGAACAGUUGGAGUCCCCAUGACAACAAUUGAGGCUAGGCUUGAAUCUGUGCCAGAGAUGGGAUAUGAUGCCCUCUCCAAUGUAGCCCGUGGAGAAAUUUGUCUGAGAGGAAAUACCUUGUUCUCUGGUUAUCACAAGCGUGAAGAUCUUACCAAAGAGGUUAUGGUUGAUGGUUGGUUUCAUACAGGUGACAUUGGAGAGUGGCAACCAAAUGGAGCCAUGAAAAUUAUUGAUAGGAAAAAGAAUAUCUUUAAAUUGUCUCAAGGAGAAUACAUUGCAGUAGAGAACAUUGAAAACAAGUAUUUGCAAUGCCCUCUUAUAACAACGAUUUGGGUGUAUGGUAACAGCUUUGAGUCAUUCUUGGUGGCUGUUGUGGUCCCAGAAAGGAAGGCCAUUGAGGAUUGGGCACUACAGCACAAUUUGACUGAUGAUUUCAAAUCUUUAUGUGAUAAUCUAAAAGCAAGAAAGUACAUUUUGGAUGAACUCAAUAGUACUGGCCAGAAACACCAACUUAAAGGAUUUGAGCAGCUAAAAGCCAUUCAUCUGGAACCAAAUCCCUUCGACAUGGAGAGAGACUUAAUAACUCCAACAUUUAAAUUGAAAAGACCACAGUUGCUCAAGUACUAUAAGGAUCAUAUUGAUCAUCUGUACAAGGAAGCAAAGGGAGCAAUGGUGUGAACCAUGCAGCAAGCGACCAUGCCAUGUCCAAUAAUUUCUGAUUUCUGUCAGUUGUGUAGCAAAAUCCAUUUGGCAUUCUGUAUAUUUUGGCUCAUUAUUGUAUUAAUACUAAAAUGCAAAACUAUAUACAUAGAAUAGGUCGUAUUUUGAAACAGCAACUCCUUAUGUCAUUCUUGUAAAAUAUCACAAUAAGAUUUUUCCAAAAUUCUAAGAACCUAGAAGUUGUGUGGCCCCUCCCAAAAUCUGUAUUUUCUUUUGGCACAAAAUGCUUUAUCUUUCAUUUUUCUUGUU